AUGGCCUACUUUGAGGAACACGAUGGAGGUCGAUUCGGAAAGAAUUUCGAUGGCCCCGUAGGGCCUCGCAGACCGCGACUCGUUACGGACUAUGGCUCGUCGAUGGUACAAUGGAUGCGCACACGGCAACCGAGAUACAAGGGAGGACAUCGAUUAGAAACGGAGCGGCCAAGUCCAAGCUUCGCGGUCGAUGUUCUUCCCCCGAUGGCGCGGCCUUUUUCGGCCGUGGACACUAUCCCCGUGCGACACCUUCAUCAAUCGAUUGGAAAGUCCAAGAAGCCUAUUGUCGUCGUGCGAUGGACCCCGGAGGGACGACGACUGUUGACCGGUGGCCAUACGGGAGAAUUCAUGCUAUGGAACGGAACGGCGUUUAAUUUCGAGACGGUUAUGGACGCGCAUUAUGAUCAAAUACAGGCCGGUGUCACAUCACUGGCAUGGGCUCACAGCCAGGACUGGCUCAUCUCCGGUGGACAAAGAGGAGACAUCAAGUAUUGGCGACCCAACUUCAACAACGUCGAGACGAUCGACGACGCCCACCACGAUGCGGUUCGUGAUCUUUCCUGGGCUCCUAGCGACACCAAGUUCCUUUCGGCAUCCGACGACACGACGCUCAAGAUCUUCGACUUCACAACCCGGACUGCAGACACCACGCUAACCGGACACAACUGGGAUGUCAAAUCCUGCGACUGGCAUCCCACGAAGGGGUUGAUUGUCUCCGGAUCCAAGGACCACCAGGUCAAAUUCUGGGACCCGCGCACUGGGCGAUGCUUGACGACACUCCACAGCCACAAAAACACGGUCACCUCUACGCGAUUCUCUCGGGUGAACAGCAAUCUCCUCGCGACAUCCUCGCGCGACCAGACAGCCCGUGUAUUUGACUUGCGGAUGAUGCGCGACAUCUGCAUCCUGCGGGGCCAUGAGAAGCCCGUUUCUUCGUUGACCUGGCACCCGAUCCAUAGCAACCUGAUUUCGACCGGUGCCGAGGACGGCUCCCUGUACCACUACCUCCUGGACGAGCCCAACCUACCGAGCGGCCAGGUUCCCACUGUGGCGCCGUACGACAGCCCAGACCCGGCCAAUACACCGCCCCAGGUGAUCUAUCCGGCCCAUCGGAUCCAAUACGCACACGGUGCUACGAUCUGGUCACUAGACUGGCACCCACUGGGUCACAUUCUGGCCUCUGGAUCUAAAGAUAACUUUACUCGAUUCUGGUCGCGAUCACGACCGGGAGAGACUAGUUACAUGAAAGACCGAUUCCACAUCGGCGAAGAGGCUGCCGAAGCCCAGGGAACGUGGAGUCGUGGAUUUGGCCGGAAACAAAUGCGCGAAGAUGAGGAGCAAGAGAAUCAAGACGAAGCAGACGGCUUGGUCGAUCAGCGCCGACCAGGUGCUUCUGCUUUGCCAGGAAUUCAAAGUGCGCCGCUGGCCGGCUCUCAAAAUGACGCUCCAGGCAUGUUGCCCGGUAUUGGAAAUGCUCCUCCUCCGCCACCUGGCGCGAUGAGCGGAAUGAACCCGGAUCGCUUGGCCGCGCUCAUGUCCACCCAGCAACAGGCGCCGCCUCAAUCUAACGCGCCGAACCCGGGCAUGCCUGGAUUCGCACUGCCUGGUAUGAGCGGAACUCCGCCAGUGAACAUGGACAUGGCACAGCUACAAAAGCAACUUCAAGGAUUCCCCAUGCCACCAAAUCUCAAUCUUCAAGCCUUGGCAAACACUCCAGGUUUCCCUGGCUUUGGCGGACUGCCUGGUUUGGGUGGGAUGCCCGAUGCCAAUCAGAGACGAUGA